AUGUGGUCGCUUCUGAGCGUGGCUGCGGCGCUGUUUGCGGCGGCUGCUUCGGCGGUUAGCACGGGCGGGAGUCGCUUGUUGGUGGUGCUGGACGAUGUUGCUGAAAAGGAUACGUAUGGCCAGUUUCUGGGGGAUCUCACAGCGCGAGGCUUUGAUGUUUCGUACGAGACGCCGCGGAGUGAGGGCCUGACGCUGUUCCAUCUUGGCGAGAGGAAAUACGACCACUUGCUCUUCCUGCCGUCCAAGGUCAAGGGUCUCGGUCCCAACUUGACCCCAAACCGUCUUGUCGACUUCGUCAACGCCCAGGGCAACAUCCUGCUUGCGCUGUCCUCCACCGUCCCUACAUCCACCUCGCUCGUCUCUCUUCUGUCAGAGCUCGACAUUUCCCUCCCCAUUGAGCGCACUGGCACUGUCGUCGACCACUUCAACUAUGACACCGUUUCCGCUGCCGAAUCCCACGACGUCCUCGUCCUCGAUGCGCCCUCCAACGUUCGCCCUGGCCUUAAGUCCUACUUUGAGGUCCCUGGUGGUGUCUUGGCCUUCCCCCACGCUGUUGGCCAUGUUCUUGGCGCUGGACCUCUGCUGACUCCCGUUGUUCGCGCACCUGCCACUGCUUACACUUAUAACCCCAAGGAGCAGGCCGAGGUGCUUGACGCUGAUGACCUGUUCGCUGCGGGCCAGCAGCUGGCGCUUGUGUCGGUGGUGCAGGCGCGCAACUCUGCUCGUGUGACUGUUCUCGGCUCUGCUGAGAUGCUGCAGGACAAGUGGCUCGACGCCAAGGUUACCAAGGUGGGCGGCAAGAGCGUCAAGGCUGACAACAAGGAGUUUGCCCGACGAGUGGCUGGCUGGACGUUCCAGGAGAUUGGCGUCCUGCGAGUCAACAGCAUUGAGCACAAGCUGCAGGAGACUGAGGAGCUCAACCCGGAAAUCUACCGUAUCAAGAACGAUGUGUCUUAUGCCAUCUCCCUGUCCGAGUACAGCUGGGACAAGUGGGUGCCCUUCACCCUUCCUGAAGACGAUGUCCUCCAGCUCGAGUUCUCCAUGCUCUCCCCCUUCCACCGCCUCAACCUCGCUCUUACCGGCACCACUGAAGAUGCUGCCGUCUACGGCAUUUCCUUUACUCUUCCCGACCAGCAUGGAAUCUUCAACUUCAAGGUCAACUACAAGCGCCCCUACCUCACCUAUGUCGAGGAGAAGAACACCGUCAGCGUCCGCCACUUUGCGCACGACGAGUGGCCUCGUAGCUUCGUCAUCUCGGGUGCUUGGCCAUGGAUCUCCGGCAUCGGCGCGACGGUCUCGGGCUUUGUUGGCUUCUGCGCGAUAUGGAUGUACAGCAAGCCUGUGGGCAAGAGCGUGGGUAAGAAGAACUGA